UGUUGGUUUUCGUUUUAUUCAUCGAUUAUCCUUUUACAAUCUAGGAUUCUAGGGUUGAUUGUUAAAGUAAUUCAAUUUAGGGUUCGUUCUUUUGAGGUGAAUUAAUUGUUCAACUGCUGCUUAUAAUUUUUUUUCUUCUAAGGUUAUAACUUUGAAAUUCAUAUUCGUAAGCGAGAAUAAUUUGAGUCAAAUUUGGUUGCUAAUGUGUUGCAGAACCCUUUAAUUAUUGCUAGGACGAAACUAUGAUUUAUUUUUUUUAUUUUUUUUUAUUUUUUUAAUGCGGGUACAGUUAAAAACUUUAGAGAAUACAUGAAAUUGUUGAGAUGAUGAAGUAUGGUGAAGAGAAAAUUAGGGUUUUAUUUAUUAUUAUUAUUUUUUCAAUUUGUGGUGUUGAAGGUGCAGAAUUAAUUCAUGUUCGAAUUUCGUUAAAUGUACUUUGUUAAUGUGAAUUUGUUAUCAAGUCUCUUAAAUAAUUGGUAUUUAAUGAGUAAAUAUUCUGUUGUUGAAUAGAAUUAUAUGUAUGAAUUUUAUUAAUCAGUGCACUAGUGUUAGUUGAAGCUAGUGACUGCAAUCAAGAAAUUGUAUUGGUUGCAUUGUUUGAGUUGCCUAUAAUGGGAAAUUAUGUUACGUGGUUGUAAUCGGUUUUUGCCCAUUACUUUAGAAAAUUCCUUUUUGUACAACAAUAAGCACAAAUUAGUCUACUAUGUUGAGCAAGAAUAUGUUUAUAGGUAUGUGAAAAAUAUUGUGGCGAAUGAGAAGGAAGUAUAUGCUAAGAGAAGCAUUGUGGUUUGAGAUAUGAAGAGAAAAGUCUUGUUUUAGAGUUUGAGUAUUACUAGGUUGAAGGUCCAACUACGAGCUUUUUAAAAGUUUGAGAGAACCCUUCUUGUAUGAUUUAUCUAAUUCAACUUUUAACUCCAAUUUCAGAAUGAAAAGAAAAACAACUCGAGAUAUUUCAAGUUUUUUUACUAAAAAAGUGCCUGCUCUAAAUCCUGCUCCUCCACAAAAUGAUCCUCCUUUAUGAAAUGAACUUUUUUAUGUAUUUUUUUUUGUUCAUUAUACAAGCUUUGACUAUUUUUUGAUACUUUAUGCGGUCGAUGGACGAUGAUGGGACAAUCUAUUAAUCAAAUCCUGGAUCCUGCCCUUAUCAUCGUCAAAAGUGUUUUUAUUUUAACUUUUUUAUGAGACGGUUACCUUUUAGAUCUAAUAUAGAGAGUAGAAAACAUAAAAAUUGGUUAGACAUAUUACAAACCAAACCAAAUUGUAUAACAUGACUAAAAGAAAACCAACCGUAUAAGGGUAUAACAUGGUUUAGUUCGCUUAUGUUACCAGAAUUAAUCUUAAACCGAAAAAAAAAUCAAUAAGAGGUUUCGCCUAAAACCCAUGUCGUCCUCCAAAAGCAUGGACCAAAAUUCGGGCCUUUAAUCAAUUCUCCAAAUAAACCCUAGCUAAACCCCCAUUUUUAUUUUAUCCACCAUUUCUUAUUAUUUGCCCUCAUUUCUCCAUAAACCCUAAACUUUGUUCAAAAUUGUUAAUUUUCCUUCUUCUGGGGUUUCCUUGAUUCUGCACAGUCGCUGUUGACUACGAAAAUGCCGAGGCCAUUGGGAGUAAAAGCUGGUAAGAAAAGGAAGAAGAGAGAGGAAAAAUAUGAUAAAGAGGAGGAUGAGCAAGUAGAAAUGGUACAAGAGGAUGUACCAGCUGCUGCCACUAUUGAGGAAACAGCUGAAGAUGAUAAGGUAGCAGAAGAUUUGGCCGAUGAUAUCCCCGGCAUUCCGGUUACUAUUACGAAGCAGAUGAGCCAUCCUGGGGCGGUUUUCGUGCUCGAAAGGGCUUCCCUUGAGGUUGCCAAAGUAGGGAAGACCUACCAAAUUUUGAAUUCUGAGGACCAUGCCAAUUUUUUGAUGAAGCACAAAAAGAAUCCUGCAGAUUACAGGCCAGACAUUGUUCAUCAGGCUCUUCUGAUGAUUUUGGAUAGCCCCUUGAAUAAGGCUGGGAGGAUUCAAUCUGUGUAUGUUAAAACUGAGAAAGGUGUACUUUUUGAGGUUAAACCUCACGUGCGUAUUCCAAGAACAUAUAAGCGUUUUGCUGGCAUUAUGUUGCAACUGUUACAAAAGCUGAGCAUAUCUGCUGCUGGCAAACGAGAUAAACUUUUUCGUGUGGUUAAAAAUCCUGUAACUCAGUAUCUACCUCUUAAUUCUCGUAAGAUAGGCUUUUCAUUUAGCUCAGAAAAAUUGGUUGACAUUCAGAAAUAUGUGGAUGCUGUUAAAGAUGAUUCCAAUUUUGUGUUUGUGGUUGGUGCUAUGGCUCAUGGAAAGGUUGAUGAUGAGUACGUUGAAGACUACAUAUCAAAGUAUCCUAAGAAUAAAGAAGACCCGCAAGUCUUUAUUGCGAGAGGAACAUUGGCACGCUUCUUGACUAUCUCUUUGCCUACGAUUGUCAAAUGUGGAUCCCUUUCCUCUUGUCCCUCUUUAAAUGCUAGGUUUCUAAACAACUUCCAGGAUUGGCUCUCGGGCAAGCCACCCAACUCGAUGUCAACAUUACAGUCUUGACAAGACUUGCAAACAUGAGUGCUGGAGUGAAAACCACGUAAUUUACCUGCAUUUCAACAUUUGUUUUGUUGAUUCGUUUCUUGUACGUUAUAUUCCUCCAAAAUUAGGCGAUAAAGUACACUAAAAUGAAUCUAGAUAUGUAUGUAAUUUAUCCUAUAUCGCCUUCCCCUGAUAGGACAUUUUAAUUACUGGAAAGAAUUCCGAUCCACAAUCUGUAUGAAAAACAAAUAAAUAUGUACGAGUACAUAAAAUAUAUUCGCGGGACUUACCUUAUUCAA